AGGAGACUCGCGCCCCCGCCGACCAACACCAACACCCCGCCGCGACCCAGCUCCUCUGCGCCCUCGCCGCCCUCCGAGCCACAGCUCCCGCUCCUGCGCCGGACAGGAGCGUCCUCGCCGCACUCCGAGCGCGCGUCCCGCAACGCCCCCGGCCCCGGCGGCCCGCCCUCCCGGGACCCCCAGCGCCAUCUCGGAGCCUGCCCGGCGCAUGCCUCGGCGCUGAGCCGCUCUCCUGAGCGCCCGCCGACAUGAGCUGCAACGGAGGCUCCCACCCGCGGAUCAACACGCUGGGCCGCAUGACCCGCGCCGAGUCCGGCCCGGACCUGCGCUACGAGGUGACCUACGGCGGCGGCGGCGGGGGUGGCGGCAGCGGCGGCGGCGGCGGCGGCGGCGGCGGCGGCGGGGGCCCGGGCCGGAUGUACUACUCCCGGCGCUGCACGGUCGACCAGAACUCCGACGGCUACUGCCAAACCGGCACGAUGUCCAGGCACCAGAACCAGAACACCAUCCAGGAGCUUCUGCAGAACUGCUCGGACUGCUUGAUGCGGGCGGAGCUCAUCGUGCAGCCCGAGCUGAAAUACGGAGAUGGAAUACAGCUGGCUCGGAGUAGAGAACUCGAUGAGUGCUUUGCCCAGGCCAACGAACAGAUGGAGAUCACCGACAGCUUGAUCCGAGAGAUGCGGCAGAUGGGCCAGCCCUGUGACGCUUACCAGAAAAGGCUGCUGCAGCUCCAGGAGCAAAUGCGAGCCCUUUACAAAGCCAUCAGCGUCCCCCGAGUCCGCAGGGCCAGCUCCAAGGGCGGCGGCGGAUACACCUGUCAGAGCGGCUCCGGGUGGGAUGAGUUCACCAAGCGCCUCACCAGCGAGUGUCUGGGGUGGAUGCGGCAGCAGAGGGCGGAGAUGGACAUGGUGGCCUGGGGCGUGGACCUGGCCUCGGUGGAGCAGCACAUCAACAGCCACAGGAGCAUCCACAACGCCAUCGGGGACUACCGCUGGCAGCUGGACAAGAUCAAGGCCGACCUGCGUGAGAAGUCUGCCAUCUACCAGUUGGAGGAGGAGUAUGAAAACCUGCUGAAAGCGUCCUUCGAGAGGAUGGACCACCUGCGGCAGCUGCAGGGCAUCAUCCAGGCCACGUCCCGCGAGAUCAUGUGGAUCAACGACUGCGAGGAGGAGGAGCUGCUCUACGACUGGAGCGACAAGAACACCAACAUCGCGCAGAAGCAGGAGGCCUUCUCGAUACGCAUGAGUCAGCUGGAAGUCAAAGAGAAAGAACUGAACAAGCUUAAGCAGGAGAGUGACCAGCUUGUACUCAAUCAGCACCCAGCUUCGGACAAAAUCGAGGCCUACAUGGACACUCUCCAGACGCAGUGGAGCUGGAUUCUGCAGAUCACCAAGUGCAUCGAUGUCCAUCUCAAGGAAAACGCCGCCUACUUCCAGUUUUUUGAAGAGGCGCAGUCGACCGAAGCCUACCUGAAGGGCCUUCAGGACUCCAUCAGGAAGAAGUACCCCUGUGACAAGAAGAUGCCCUUGCAGCACCUGCUGGAGCAGAUCAAGGAGCUGGAGAAAGAGCGGGAGAAAAUUCUGGAAUACAAGCGUCAGGUGCAGAACUUGGUGAACAAGUCCAAGAAGAUUGUGCAGCUGAAACCACGCAACCCAGACUACAGGAGCAACAAACCCAUUAUCCUCAGGGCUCUCUGUGACUACAAACAAGACCAGAAAGUCGUGCACAAAGGGGACGAGUGCAUCCUUAAGGACAACCACGAGCGCAGCAAGUGGCACGUGACGGGCCCCGGCGGCGUGGACAUGCUGGUGCCUUCCGUCGGGCUCAUCAUUCCUCCCCCAAACCCGCUGGCCGUGGACCUGUCUGGCAAGAUUGAGCAGUACUAUGAGGCCAUCUUGGCCCUCUGGAACCAGCUGUACAUCAACAUGAAGAGCCUGGUGUCCUGGCACUACUGCAUGAUCGACAUUGAGAAGAUCAGGGCCAUGACCAUUGCCAAGCUGAAAACCAUGCGGCAGGAAGACUACAUGAAGACGAUCGCCGACCUCGAGUUACACUACCAAGAGUUCAUCAGGAACAGCCAAGGCUCAGAGAUGUUCGGGGACGAUGACAAGCGGAAGAUACAGUCCCAGUUCACCGACGCCCAGAAACAUUACCAGACCCUGGUCAUCCAGCUCCCAGGCCACCCCCAGCACCAGACAGUGACCACAACGGAAAUCACCCACGUUGGUUCCUGCCAAGACGUCAACCAUAACAAAGUCAUUGAAGCCAACCGAGAAAAUGACAAGCAGGAAACGUGGAUGUUGUUGGAACUGCAGAAGAUUCGCCGGCAGAUGGAGCACUGUGAGGGCAGGAUGGCCCUCAGGAACCUCCUCCUGACCGACCAGGGCUCCUCACACCACAUCACAGUGAAGAUCAACGAGCUCAAGAGUGUGCAGAACGAUUCGCAGGCACUUGCCGAGGUCCUCAACCAGCUGAAAGAUAUGCUGGCCAACUUCAGAGGCUCCGAGAAGUACUGCUACCUGCAGAACGAAGUCUUCGGGCUGUUUCAGAAACUGGAAAACAUCAACGGCGUCACCGACGGCUACUUGAACAGCUUGUGCACAGUUAGAGCCUUGCUCCAAGCCAUUCUGCAGUCUGAAGACAUGCUGAAGGUUUACGAAGCCAGGCUCACCGAAGAGGAAACUGUUUGCCUGGACCUGGAUAAAGUGGAAGCCUACCGCUGUGGACUGAAGAAAAUCAAAAACGACUUGAACUUGAAGAAGUCGCUGCUGGCCACCAUGAAGACGGAGCUGCAGAAAGCCCAGCAGAUCCACUCUCAGACUUCACAGCAGUAUCCGCUGUAUGACCUGGACCUGGGCAAGUUCAGCGAGAAAGUCACACAGCUGACGGACCGCUGGCAGCGGAUAGAGAAGCAGAUAGACUACAGGUUAUGGGACUUGGAGAAACAAAUCAAGCAACUGAGGAAUUACCGCGAUAACUACCAAGCCUUUUGCAAGUGGCUCUAUGACGCCAAACGCCGCCAGGAUUCCUUAGAAUCCAUGAAAUUCGGGGAUUCCAACACCGUCAUGCGGUUUUUGAAUGAGCAGAAGAACUUGCACAAUGAAAUAUCUGGCAAACGAGACAAGUCAGAAGAAGUACAAAAAAUUGCUGAGCUUUGUGCAAAUUCAAUUAAGGACUACGAGCUCCAGCUGGCGUCAUACACGUCAGGACUGGAAACUCUGCUUAACAUACCGAUCAAGAGAUCCAUGGUGCAGUCCCCGUCUGGGGUGAUCAUGCAAGAGGCUGCAGACAUCCAUGCUCGGUACAUAGAGCUACUGACAAGAUCUGGUGACUAUUACAGAUUCUUAAGUGAGAUGCUGAAGAGUUUAGAGGACCUGAAGCUGAAAAAUACCAAGAUUGAGGUUCUGGAAGAGGAGCUCAGACUGGCCCGAGAUGCCAAUUCGGAAAACUGCAAUAAGAACAAAUUCCUGGAUCAGAACCUGCAGAAAUACCAGGCAGAGUGUUCCCAGUUCAAAGCGAAGCUCGUGAGCCUGGAGGAGCUCAAGAGGCAAGCGGAGCUGGACGGCAAGUCAGCCAAGCAGAACCUCGACAAGUGCUACGGCCAAAUCAAAGAGCUCAAUGAGAAGAUCACCCGGCUGACUUACGAGAUCGAGGACGAGAAGAGAAGGAGAAAGACCAUGGAGGACAGAUUCGACCAGCAGAAGAGCGACUAUGACCAGCUGCAGAAGGCCAGGCAGAGCGAGAAGGAGAGCCUUGGCUGGCAGAAGCUGGAGUCUGAGAAAGCCAUCAAGGAGAAGGAGUACGAGAUAGAGAGGCUGAGGGUUCUGUUGCAGGAGGAGGGCGCCCGGAAGAGAGAAUAUGAAAAUGAGCUGGCAAAGGUAAGAAACCACUAUAAUGAGGAGAUGAGUAAUUUAAGGAACAAGUAUGAAACAGAGAUUAACAUUACGAAGACCACCAUCAAGGAGAUAUCCAUGCAAAAAGAGGACGAUUCCAAAAAUCUUAGGAACCAGCUGGACAGGCUGUCCAGGGAGAACCGCGAUCUGAAGGACGAGAUCGUGCGGCUCAACGACAGCAUCCUGCAGGCCACCGAGCAGCGGCGGCGGGCGGAGGAGAGCGCCCUGCAGCAGAAGGCCUCUGGCUCCGAGAUCCUGCAGAAGAAGCAGCACCUGGAGGUCGAGCUCAAGCAGGUCAUCCAGCAGCGCUCGGAGGACAACGCGCGGCACAAGCAGUCCCUGGAGGAGGCGGCCAAGACCAUCCAGGACAAAAACAAGGAGAUCGAGAGACUCAAAGCUGAGUUCCAGGAGGAGGCCAGGCGCCGCUGGGAAUAUGAGAAUGAACUUGGUAAGGUAAGAAACAGUUACGAUGAGGAGAUCAUUAGCUUAAAAAACCAGUUCGAGACGGAGAUCAACAUCACCAAGACCACCAUCCACCAGCUCACCAUGCAGAAAGAGGAGGACACGAGCGGCUACCGCGCACAGAUAGACACCCUGACCCGAGAGAACCGGAGCUUGUCGGAAGAGAUCAAGAGGCUGAAGACCACCCUGUCGCAGACCACCGAGAACCUCCGCAGGGUGGAGGAGAACGUGCAGCAGCAGAAGGCGACCGGCUCAGAGAUGUCGCAGAGGAAACAGCAGCUGGAGGUGGAGCUGCGGCAGGUCACUCAGAUGCGCACGGAAGAGAGCCUGCGCUACAAGCAGUCCCUCGACGAUGCUGCCAAGACCAUCCAGGACAAAAACAAGGAGAUCGAAAGAUUAAAACAGCUGAUCGACAAAGAAACCAACGAACGCAAGUGCCUGGAGGAGGAGAACGCGAAACUGCAAAGGGUCCAGUACGAUCUGCAGAAAGCAAACAGCAGCGCCACCGAGGCGAUGGGCAAGCUGAAGGCUCAGGAGCAGGAGCUAAGCCGGCUGCGGCUCGACUACGAAAGGGUCUCCCAGGAGAGGAGCGUGAAGGACCAGGACAUCGCGCGGUUCCAGGGCUCCCUGAAGGAGCUGCAGGUGCAGAAGCAGAAGGUGGAGGAGGAGCUCAGCUGGCUGAAGAGGGCAGCCUCGGAAGACUCUGCCAAGAGGAAGAAGCUGGACGAGGAGCUGGAGGCCAUGCGGAGGUCUCUGAAGGAGCAGGCCGUCAAAAUCACCAGCCUGACCCAGCAGCUGGAGCAGGCGUCCAUUGUCAAGAAGAGGAGCGAGGACGAGCUCCGGCAGCAGAGGGACGUGUCGGAUGGCCACCUGCGGGAGAGGCAGAGGGCUCAGGAGGAUCUGAGGAGGCUCUCCUCCGAGGUCGAGGCCCUGCGGCGGCAGCUGCUCCAGGAACAGGAGAACGUCAAACAGGCUCACUUGAGGAACGAGCACUUCCAGAAGGCGAUAGAAGAUAAAAGCCGAAGCUUGAACGAAAGCAAAAUCGAGAUCGAGCGGCUGCAGUCGCUCACGGAGAACCUGACCAAGGAGCACCUGAUGCUGGAGGAAGAGCUGCGGAACCUCAGGCUGGAGUACGACGACCUGCGGCGGGGCCGGAGCGAGGCGGACAGCGACAAAAACGCCACCAUCUCCGAGCUCAGGAGCCAGCUGCAGAUCAGCAACAACCGAACCCUGGAGCUGCAGGGCCUGCUUAAUGAUUUACAGAGAGAGAGGGAAAAUUUGAGACAGGAAAUUGAGAAAUUCCAAAAGCAGGCUUUAGAGGCAUCUAACAGGAUUCAGGAAUCAAAGACUCAAUGCACUCAGGUAGUGCAGGAGAGAGAGAGCCUCCUGGUGAAAAUCAAAGUCCUGGAGCAAGACAAGGCCAGGCUGCAGAGGCUGGAGGAUGAGCUGAACCGCGCCAAAGCAACGCUCGAGGCCGAAGCCAGGGUCAAACAGCGCCUGGAGUGCGAGAAACAGCAAAUCCAGAACGACCUGAAUCAGUGGAAGACGCAGUACUCCCGCAAGGAGGAGGCCAUCCGGAAGAUAGAGUCAGAGAGGGAGAAGAGCGAGCGCGAGAAGAACAGCCUUCGGAGCGAGAUCGAACGGCUCCAGGCGGAGAUCAAGCGGAUCGAGGAGAGGUGCAGGCGCAAGCUGGAGGACUCCAGCAGGGAGACGCAGUCGCAGCUGGAGACGGAGCGCUCCCGCCUGCAGAGGGAGAUCGAUAAGCUCAGGCAGCGCCCCUACGGGUCCCAUCGCGAGACCCAGACCGAGUACGAGUGGACCGUCGACUCCUCCAAGCUGGUGUUUGACGGGCUCAGGAAGAAGGUGACGGCCAUGCAGCUCUACGAGUGCCAGCUGAUUGACAAGACGACCCUGGACAAACUGUUGAAAGGGAAGAAGUCGGUGGAAGAGGUUGCUUCUGAAAUCCAGCCUUUCCUUCGGGGUGCAGGGGCCAUCGCGGGGGCGUCUGCCUCUCCCAAGGAUAAGUAUUCCUUGGUAGAGGCCAAGAGAAAGAAGUUGAUCAGCCCAGAGUCCACGGUCAUGCUCCUGGAGGCCCAGGCAGCUACUGGCGGCAUCAUCGAUCCCCAUCGGAACGAGAAACUGACCGUGGACAAUGCCAUCGCUCGGGACCUCAUCGACUUUGACGACCGGCAGCAAAUCUAUACAGCAGAGAAAGCCAUCACCGGCUUCGAUGACCCAUUUUCAGGCAAGACAGUAUCUGUUUCGGAAGCCAUCAAGAAAAAUUUGAUUGACAGGGAAACUGGAAUGCGCCUGCUGGAAGCCCAGCUUGCUUCCGGGGGCGUCGUAGACCCUGUGAACAGUGUCUUUCUGCCGAAAGAUGUCGCUCUGGCCCGUGGGCUGAUUGACAGAGAUGUGUAUCGGUCCCUGAAUGAUCCCCGAGACAGUCAGAAAAACUUUGUGGAUCCAGUCACCAAAAAGAAGGUCAGCUACCUGCAGCUGAGGGAGCGGUGCAGGAUCGAGCCCCACACGGGCCUGCUCUUGCUGUCAGUACAGAAGAGAAGCAUGUCCUUCCAAGGAAUCAGACAACCCGUGACCGUCACCGAGCUGGUGGAUUCCGGCAUCCUGAGACCGUCCACCGUAAAUGAACUGGAAUCAGGUGCGAUUUCCUACGACGAGGUCGGAGAGAGGAUUAAGGACUUCCUCCAGGGUUCAAGCUGCAUAGCAGGCAUAUACAAUGAGACCACAAAACAGAAGCUUGGCAUUUAUGAGGCCAUGAAAAUUGGCUUGGUCCGACCUGGGACGGCUUUGGAGUUGCUGGAAGCCCAAGCCGCAACUGGCUUUAUCGUGGAUCCCGUGAGCAACCUGAGGUUACCCGUGGAGGAAGCCUACAAAAGAGGUCUGGUGGGAAUUGAGUUCAAAGAGAAGCUCCUGUCUGCAGAGCGAGCUGUCACUGGGUACAACGACCCCGAGACGGGAAACAUCAUCUCUCUGUUCCAAGCCAUGAACAAGGAACUCAUCGAAAAGGGCCAUGGCAUCCGCUUACUAGAAGCGCAGAUCGCAACCGGCGGGAUCAUUGAUCCGAAGGAGAGCCAUCGCUUACCGGUGGACAUGGCGUACAAGAGGGGCUAUUUCAAUGAGGAGCUCAGUGAGAUUCUCUCAGACCCAAGUGAUGAUACAAAAGGAUUUUUUGAUCCCAACACUGAAGAAAAUCUUACAUACCUGCAACUCAAAGAAAGAUGCAUCAAGGAUGAGGAAACAGGGCUGUGUCUUCUGCCCCUGAAAGAAAAGAAGAAACAGGUGCAGACGUCGCAAAAGAACACCUUGCGCAAGCGCAGAGUGGUCAUAGUGGACCCGGAAACCAACAAGGAGAUGUCCGUGCAGGAGGCCUACAAGAAAGGCCUCAUUGAUUACGAAACCUUCAAAGAGCUCUGUGAGCAGGAGUGCGAGUGGGAGGAGAUCACCAUCACUGGGUCAGACGGCUCCACCAGGGUGGUCUUGGUCGACAGGAAGACAGGCAGUCAGUAUGACAUCCAGGAUGCGAUUGACAAGGGCCUGGUCGACAGGAAGUUCUUCGAUCAGUACCGAUCUGGCAGCCUCAGCCUCACCCAGUUCGCUGACAUGAUCUCCUUGAAAAACGGGGUCAGCGCCAGCAGCGCCGUGGGCGGGAGCGUCAGCGACGACGUGUUCAGCAGCUCCCGCCAUGAGUCCGUCAGUAAGAUCUCCACCAUUUCCAGCGUCCGAAAUCUGACCAUCAGGAGCAGCUCCCUGUCCGAUCCGCUGGAGGAGUCGAGCCCCAUUGCGGCCAUCUUCGACACGGAGAACCUGGAGAAGAUCUCCAUCACGGAAGGCAUAGAGCGGGGCAUCGUGGAUAGCAUCACGGGGCAGAGGCUGCUGGAGGCGCAGGCGUGCACGGGCGGCAUCAUCCACCCCACCACGGGCCAGAAGCUGUCGCUGCAGGACGCCGUCGCCCAGGGCCUGAUCGACCAAGACAUGGCCACCAGGCUGAAGCCCGCGCAGAAGGCCUUCAUUGGCUUCGAGGGCGUGAAGGGGAAGAAGAAGAUGUCGGCGGCGGAGGCGGUGAAGGAAAAAUGGCUGCCCUACGAGGCGGGGCAGCGCUUCCUGGAGUUCCAGUUCCUCACGGGCGGCCUCGUUGACCCGGAAGUGCAUGGGAGGAUAAGCACGGAGGAAGCCAUCCGCAAGGGGUUCAUCGACGGCCGAGCCGCCCAGAGGCUGCAAGACACCAGCAGCUACGCCAAAAUCCUCACCUGCCCCAAAACCAAGUUAAAGAUUUCCUACAGGGAUGCCAUGAAUCGCUCCAUGGUGGAGGAUAUCACCGGGCUGCGCCUUCUGGAAGCCGCCUCCGUGUCGUCCAAGGGCUUGCCCAGCCCCUACAAUAUGUCCUCCGCGCCCGGCUCCCGCUCGGGCUCCCGCUCGGGCUCCCGCUCCGGAUCCCGCUCCGGAUCGCGCUCCGGGUCGCGCAGCGGGUCCCGGAGAGGAAGCUUUGACGCCACGGGAAACUCCUCCUACUCCUACUCCUACUCCUUCAGCAGUAGCUCUAUAGGGCACUAGUAGUCUUGCAAAAGGUUGCUGUGUCUUUGGCCUCAUUUCUAUGAGUUUCCACUUGAUUAGAUAAUAAAAAUAAGAGAACCUGGUGCUUGCGAUAUAGUGGUAGAACUUCCUGUGCUUCAAGAAAACAUAGCCGUGCUUGAAAUCACAUAGCGAAGGCUGUUUCAUCUUUUUAGCUCAUCUGAUGUAGUACGCUUGGCUGUAGUGUGUGUGAAAUGAUGAUCAGCUGUAAGGAUAGCACAAAUUGAAGUUAAAAUUUGUUUCUUCUCUGUUUAGAUUUCUGGUCACUUCUUGAGCUUUUUUGGGGACAGAAUUUCUAUUCCUGGAGAGAAAAACUGAUCACUGAUUUUAGUCAUUCUGUUGCUCAUCUAAAUAUUUUCAUUUUCUAUAUUAAGAGAAAAUUACACCCCCUCCCAGCCCACCCCAAACCCAAGCAUUUUAGAGUGAGUCUUUUAGUUUUAGAAUGUGGAUUGUAUAACCCAUACACUCUUUCAUAUACUUGUUUGGUUUGGUAUUAAUUUGACUAUAUGUGCAUGAUAGCAGCAGUCUUUGCUUUUCUUUGGUCAAAGUUUUCUGUUUAUUUUGCUUGACAUUGUCUAUGUACUUUAAAAAGGUAUCUUUGUGAAGUUUGCAAUUCUGGCAAUAAACUUUUAGACUUUUGAA